CCCUGGUUGAGAUUAUUAUGUUGAUUUCCGCCGCCCUUCCAAGUUAACACCAUAGCCGUAUAGGUCUGUAGAAGCCAAUUUUCCUUUAGCUAAUAGGCGACGCUGGCUAGCAACUUCAGGGUCCGCUUGCCGCAUAGUCAGCCACUCAGCCUAGAAGCAAAGGCCAUUGCUGCCCACCAGAAGUUCUUAAAUUUAAGCGUUGGCUGUUACCAUGGAUGGUCCGAGGUUGCCUCAAGACUGUUUCUUGCCGGAAGAAGCUUUCAAUAAAUAGUAAUAAUAAUAGCAAAAACAACAAUAAUCGUCAUCUCCCUGUUUACGCUAAAGUCGCUUACAUCUUAGGCCUUCAAGUCUCUCCUUCUCACAGGUGCAAGAUAGUUCUUCAGGACUCUUGAAGAACUAUAUUUGAAGACGCUCUAACAAUUGUUAGUGGAAAUCAGCCUGCAAAAUCUCAAGGAAGAGCUAUCCAUCUGUCUACCAUGGAGUUUUCAGAGGACUGGAAGUCCCUAUGGCCAGUAUCCUUAUCCUUCUCUCCCCCGCUCCUUCUUCCAAACAAAGCAUCAAAGCGCCCCUGUCUCGAGAAAAGCUCCGUCGGACCCCUAAUCUUCAACCCAUGUCGGAAAAUGUUGGUCCAGCUUUUGAACCCCCCCUCCAUAUGCCCCACUCCCCCUCCAUAUUCAGAAGUCACCUUUCCGGAAUUUCUAUCGACUUCAAGUGCCCUACGCCACUACCCAUUACCACUACGAUUGCAUCUGAUUUGGGAACCCCACAGGGUCUUAGCACUGUCCACAACCACAAUGCUCUUCAUCUGUUCCAUUGCCCUAAUGUAAAAUCUGGUAGUGAUCAUACUAUGGUUCUUACUUUUUUUCCCACCGGUGAUAAUUAUGACCAGCUAGGGUUUGCUAUGCUCAUUUUGAAAGAUUCUAAAUUUAUGAGCGUAAUUCAGGGACAAGAGCGAUUUCUUUGUGCAUAGCCACAGGUUGAAUCAUCGGAUAUCUAGAUUAUUGGUAAACCCAGUCUCUGAUUUUGAUGUCUUUUCAUCAUCAUCCUGUGGUUAUCUGUAUUCAACCUUGCAUUAUACUGUUAUUGGGCAUGUCAUGGUUUGCACGACAUUUUCUGUGCAUUGGUAUAUUGUUAAGAUGCCUAAAGAGCGCUUAGGAGAUACAGUUUUAGAAUAUGGUGGCCAUGCUGGUCUUAAGUUAUUUCAAGGUUCUUCUGUUGUUCAUGCGUGUUAGAGAUCACACAUGAGUGUAUUGUGCUUCUUGAGAACGGAAAACUCUUCUUGUUUGAUGGGAGUUUUUGGCUGAAGAAAAGCAACAAGAGAAUUGGAGAAGUUCAAGGCAAAAAAUUGUGUAUAUCAUGGGGCAAUGAUUUGAAUGAAAAUAAUGGGAGGUGGUUGAGUUGUGAAUUCAGUUGUUGCUCAUUCUAAUAUUCUUUUCCUAGUUGAUUUGAGGUCUGAUAGGUGUCAAGUUUCUACUUUACUAAAUAUUGAUUUUUUAUCCACAGGGAAUUCUGAUAGAUUUGUUGCUAUAUCUAGGUCAGAUUCCGGCGGCUUCUAUUUUGCUGCUUCCUCAAACAGUUUACUAAUACUCCGUGAUGUGAGAAAAUCAUUCGUCCCGAUGUUGCAAUGGGGCAUGGGCCCACAAUCUCCAAAACCCUGAAUACAUCACUGUUUUCAAAUUAUCCAAAGCUUCGACCAACUACCAAGAUGAUGAUCAGUUCAAGUGGGCAUAUGAAU